UUUUUUUUUUUUUUUUUUUUUUUUUUUUAUAUCUUUGCCGCUUCUGCCGCCGCCGCCAGUGCUGCUGCUGCCGCCGCCGCCUCUGUGCCCGCGCCCCGGAGAUGUCCUUCCCCCAGCUGGGCUACCCGCAGUAUCUCAGCGCCAGCCAGGCGGUGUACGGGAGCGACCGGCCCGGGGUGCUGGCCGCCGCCGCCGCAGCCGCCGCCGCCGCCGCUGCGGCCUCGGGCCGGCCCGCGGGCGCGGAGCUGGGCAGCGGCUCGGCCGCUGUCACCUCGGUGCUGGGCAUGUACGCCAGCCCCUACAGCGCCCCCAACUACAGCGCCUUCCUGCCCUACACCGCCGACCUCGGCCUCUUCUCCCAAAUGGGCUCCCAGUACGAGCUGAAAGAUAAUCCGGGUGUCCACCCUGCUACCUUUGCUGCUCACACUGCUCCCGGCUAUUAUCCCUACGGACAGUUCCAAUACGGGGACCCAGGGCGGCCCAAAAAUGCCACUCGGGAGAGCACCAGCACCCUCAAGGCCUGGCUCAACGAGCACCGCAAGAACCCCUACCCCACCAAGGGCGAGAAGAUCAUGCUGGCCAUCAUCACCAAGAUGACCCUCACCCAGGUCUCCACCUGGUUCGCCAAUGCCCGCCGGCGGCUCAAGAAGGAGAACAAGGUGACCUGGGGAUCCAGGAGUAAGGAUCAAGAAGACGCAAACCUCUUCGGGAGUGACAAUGAGGGGGACCCCGAGAAGAAUGAAGAUGAUGAGGAAAUUGACCUAGAGAGCAUAGAUAUAGAUAAAAUCGAUGAGAACGAUGGGGAGCAGAGCAACGAGGAAGAGGAGGAGAAGCCCGAGCUCCUGAGACAAAGCAGUGAAGAGGAGCACUUAGAAAAGGAGAAGGAUUUGGCACUGCCAGGGUCUGAAGGGCUGAAACCCAAAGACACGCUGGCCAUGGUGAAGGAGGCCUCUGACAAUAGCAUGAGAGUCAUCAGUCCUGGGGGACCGAACAAUUUACAGAUGCCAUCCCACAGCAAACCCAAGAUUUGGUCUUUGGCAGAGACAGCAACCAGUCCUGAUGGUGCCCUGAAAUCUUCUCCUCCUCCACCCCCUCCUCCCCAGGUUAACCACUCUUCUCCUCAGAUUCAGCACCCUGCUUUUCUCCCUAGCCAUGGACUCUACACAUGCCAAAUUGGCAAAUUUCACAACUGGACAAAUGGGGCUUUCCUCACUCAGAGUUCCCUUCUAAAUGUGAGGUCCUUUUUGGGAGUAAAUCACCACCAUGCUGCUCAUCACAAUCACCACCUCCAGGCCCAGCAACAAUCUUCUGUUUUAACAGCAACCUUGGGAGCUCUAAGCAGUGAAAAACCUUCAGAGAGGACUAGUCCCAAACACAUAGAAAGAGAAAAUGUACCAAGAACUGACUCUCCACCCCAGCCUCUAAAAUCGCCCUUCCAGCCUGUCCGUGACAACUCUUUGGCUCAGCAAGAGGGAACACCGAGAAUUUUAACAGCUCUCCCUUCUGCUUGA